ACCUGUCAAGAUUCUACCUGUCAGUUUUCUGCCAACAAAAACACAAUUCCCAAUUUUAUGAUUUAAUUUUCUUUUAAAGUGUCAUAAAUUCGCGAUAAUUUACACUUCAUUGGCAAAAAUGAAUGUUCCCGAACCAGCUGAGCAUCUUCUUGCUCUAAAGGUGAUGCGUCUAACUCGACCCACUUUGGUCAGCCCACAAAUUAUCACCAGUGAAUCUCGAGACCUGCCUCAAAAUAGCUUUCAAAAAGUCUUAGAAAACGAUGGUGCAGCAGUAGCUGGCUCAGAAACCCUAACUGCUGGUCAGUUUAUGUUAUUGCCACAGAGUUUUGGUAACAUCUACCUGGGUGAGACUUUCUCAAGCUAUAUUUGUGUUCAUAACUGCACAACACAUCCGGUGGAGGGUGUUACAGUCAAGGCGGAUCUGCAAUCGAUUACAACACGUAUCAAUUUGCCGAUGCAUGAUAAGCCAACGACGUUGAAUGCUGACGACACUCUCGACGAUGUCAUUCAUUAUGAAGUCAAGGAGAUUGGAGCGCAUAUAUUGGUGUGUGAAGUGAACUAUUCAACUCCGGCUGGGUUCCAGCAAUAUUUUCGAAAGUAUUUCAAGUUCCAGGUCUUGAAGCCACUGGACGUGAAGACAAAGUUCUAUAACGUUGAAAUGGAUGAGAUCUAUUUGGAAGCUCAGAUCCAAAAUAUCACCACUGGACCAUUCUGUUUGGAGAAGGUCGAGUUGGAUAGCUCCGAGCAGUACACUGUAACUCCCCUGAACACCCUACCAAAUGGAGAGUCUGUUUUCUCGUCAAAGAACAUGCUUCAACCUAACAACAGCUGCCAGUUCCUUUACUGCAUUAAGCCAAUUCCUGAGAUAGCCAAGGACAUCAAAGCCCUCCGUGCUGCCAACACCAUUGGCAAGCUGGACAUAGUGUGGAGAUCAAAUUUGGGAGAGAAAGGUCGCUUGCAGACGAGUCAACUUCAGAGGAUUCCCUUUGAAUACACCGAUGUUCGAAUGGACGUUGUGGAAGCCAAGAACAUCGUGAAAAUCGGCGAGCCCUUCACUUUCAUCUGUCGAGUAACGAACACUUCCGAUCGUCCAAUGGAACUGAUGGCCAAACUUGAUACAAAAACCAGUUUUGGCUGUGAUUACACAGGUUCGGCUGAAUUCUACUUGGGAAACCUGGAUCCAGGACAGGGAAAAGAAUUCCCCCUGACUGUGUGUCCGGCUAAGUUGGGUUUGAUAAAAAUAACCAAUUUAGUUCUUACGAAUGUCGUACAGAAACGAACCUAUGAAUAUGAUGAUGUGGUUCAUGUUUUUGUUGUCGACUCGGAUUACCACGAAGACGAAUCAUUCCAAAUGAAUAAGUUUGUCAGAUAUGAUUUGGCCACUCAGUUGACUUAGAAUAUUUUUGUUUUAAAUUUAAUUAAGAUCUGUUGUAGAAUGUGAACAAUUGUAAAUUAUUAUUAAAUUAAAAAUUAAAACCUUAA